CCCCCCCCCGUCCGGUUUUUGUUGUCUUGUGAUUUGUGAUCACUCCCACUGCGGUCACAACGUAAACAAAUCCUUAAACUCGGCUAUUGUUGGUGCGGACGCCGUGAAAUCGGUCUGACAGUCUCGAGGCAUCUUUGGCACGCAGCAGGGACUUGCGUUUGCGCGUGGUCCUCCGCCAAGUGACUCGAAACCUCGUGAGUUUCGUGCUGUCACACCCGCAGCAUAACCUGCACUGUUUCGUCACCACCUGCUGGUGCUGUAGGGUUUUGAGAAAACCCAGCUGAGUUGGAAAUAAACAGUACAUUACAGUACUACAACAGCUUUUCAAUGCCGAGAAUGGAUCGCUUUGAAUUAUUUAAAAGACUGAAGAGAUAUAUUGAACUUCAUGUAACGAAACGCACUCUUUUCCUUGCAAUCCUCGUCUUCGGACUCUUGCUAUAUUUUGGACCAGGUGUUGCAAGAUGGUUUUACAGACCUCAGGAAGUGGUUGACGAUCUUGUGGAGAGAUGCAUGGAGGAUAGGCUUACAUCGUUUUAUUCUGAAGCCUCAGAAUAUGAUGCAAAUAUUGUUCACUCUCCCCCUAUGGAAGAUGAGCAUGGAUACCUUCCAUAUGUGGGCAAUGGAGUGUUUGGCCUCCCCGUAAAUUACGAAGCCAAAAUCAUGAUUCGUAAUGGUCGCACAUUAUCUUUGGAGGUUCCAAUCAGACCUAUUGUUACUGUAUCUCUCUCUGGCAAAUUCAGUGAAGCCACUGUGGUCCGGUACUUGGAUGGUGUAGUAUAUCGCUAUCAAUGCAUGCGCUUGGGAUUGUACGUCAAGUAUCAGUAUUAUGCCCAUCGCACCAUUCCCGGUCUUCUUGUGCAAGAAAUCAAAGUGGUAAAUCCCUCUGAUGUUAACCUGAACCUCGAUGUCCUACAUUCAUCACCACCAAACUCAUGGCUGUCUUCAUCUGACACAAUAAGGCUUCAACAGGCAGGAGGACAAGCUGAGUAUCAAGUUUCAAAGGGAGUUGUGAAUGUUGAUUCUGAUCGGCUUAUUUCCAUUGCUGCUGUGUCAAGCACUGUUCCAUCCAUACUCGAGGUGAAAGCUCGCAGCCAUGCUAAUAUAAUUGCGCUGAGCACUAUUGCGUAUUCAAAACCUAUGUCGUCUGAUGAGUAUUACUCAUCGAAGAAUGCAGUGGAGAGUCUUGCAAUUCAGUCCAUGAAGGAUGCAUUGCUAAAACCAAUUUCAUCCUUGAAACAUGAUCAUUCUGCUGUCUGGAACCACUUGUGGAGUACUGGCUUGAGUAUCAGCAACUCUUUAGCAGCUGGUGCUGUGAAUGGCCACCUCAUCAAUGCUACCAUGUAUCAUGUGCUUUCGCAAACACCUUCUCAGUACCAUGUGGACAGUGCCAAUGCUUCAACCCGAGCUCAAGUCAUGAAAAGCUUGGCUUAUACAGAUGGAUGUUAUUCAAGUUAUCAUACACUCCAAGCUGAUAAUUUGUGGAAAGAUCUGUCGACUCUGUCUGAAGUAAAUAAUGUAGUUUCUAGAUGGCUACUGACCCUGGAGAAGCAGGGUUGCCACAAUCUUGUAAAGGCUGGGGCUUUAGGUGUAGUUCAAGCAAUGGUCUUAAGCUUUGGUGGACUACGAUUCAGUAACCAGCAUUUAGAAUUGAACAUCCAUCCCAAGGAUCUGCACAGGGACUUAGAUUUCAGACGACUCAGCUAUGGAAAUUCCUCUCACGUCAACAUCAGCGUUGUUGUCCAGGAGGACAACCACGCUGUUCUUUAUGUUGCUCUUGACCGCAGUGACAAAAAUUACUAUGCUUGUGAUGGUGGCUGUUUAGAUAAGCCAGUCCAGCUUGGCCCUGAUCGAAUUCAAUUCCCAGUGAAAUUAACAGAGCCUGUUACUGCCAUCUUGUACAUUACCUAUGAUCGUCAACACAUGGAAGACCUCCGGCAUGCCAUACAUGUCAAGGAAAUUGUGGAAGCACCUGCUUUGGAGCACCAUGUCAUAGCACUUCACAAACAUGGACAUCAUCUCGGAGGCCUUCCGAAUCUCUUCUGGGUUUCAAUUGGUGUUCUUAUUGUAGUAUUUCAUCUUUUCUUGUUUAAACUAAUUUACAAUGAGUAUAAGGGAUCUUCAGAUAAAUUCAGAGCACGGUAUGGCAAGCUAUAGUCUGCUCUGGAUUCUAUAUGCCUUUUUCUUUAACACCAAAACUCUAUUAGUUUUGACUUGACUGUGAUUUCACUUAUCCGAUUGUGACAUUGUUAUUGAUUGUGGAGAUAAUUUAUUGAAUGUGACCUUUAACAUAACUUUGAAACUUGAUUACAUGUUGAAUGUGGUUCAGAUCACAUUGUUUUCUUGUUAAGUGUCUGUAGGAGGGGCCAUUAAGUGUUGUUCAUAGUUUGAAUGAUGCUACCUUUGAAGUAUUUUUUCAAACUUGACAUCAUUGUUCUUUUGUUGUUGCCAAAUAAUCAUAAUAGGUUGUGAAGCUGGCUGGAAGUGUUCUACUUCGGCUUCAGCUCUUCAAUAGAAUGAAUGGAAUUGGAAUAGUAUCAUCAGACCUGGUCAUAUGACACAACAACAAAAGCUUUGUGUCAACAAAAUUUGUGAUAUUGCAUCAUUAACAUUUGCUUCCUUUAUAGACUGAUAGUGUGUGCAAAUGUGGUUUUGUUACGUUUCUCAUCUUGCAGUGAGCCACACAUAUUCAAUCUACUGAUAUUCUAUUUGGUUUCAAGUGAAGACUUUUUUCUUGUGAAGUAUGCCUUGUAAGUGACCUCAAACAAGGUUUGCAAUUGGAUUUCACUUGAAAUGCAAUUGUCCUAGUCGAAGAUGUAAAGUUAAUUUUAACAAAGUGUAUCGCUGGUUGCAUUUUAAUGUUCUUUCUUUGGGACCUCUUUGUAACGAAGCAGAUAAGACUGAACACUUAAUAACAACAAUAAAGUUUUUAAAUCUAAAUCAUUUACAACAAACAUGUAAACAAACUUUAACUUACUUUUUCUGUUUUGUUUACUAAUUCUUAUAUUCCAUUGAAAAUGCCUUACUUAUUCUAAGUGUGAUUGGCAUUGUUUGUUUAUACUUUAAGAAGUACUGUAUUAAUAAUUGAAACUUUUAAAAAUUAAUGUUGAUGACAGCAUGAGUUUAAACUACUAGUUGUUAUUUAUUUUUAUUUAUCUAGGCAAGAUGCUUAACAUAAACUGUGAGCAUGGCAUUGUUGGAUGUGUCAGUAAGCUAUUUAUUAGGAAGAAGUUUUGAUAGUAUUAUUUUACAGAAACAUUUUUCAAAGGCACUUUGCUUAACCAUUAAAAGGCAAAUUUUAAUUUUCUUUGUUUUUAAGAAAAGCUUGCAACAUUUACUGUCUCUGCACUUUGUGUCCUUAAUCACGGAAAAUUUUGGCAUUGAUUCGUGUUGUGAUGGUAGAUGUUAUGUAAAAUUAAUGGAAAUUUCUGUGUGAUCGUGGUGUGAUGCAACUUGUAAUGCAAUGGUUUUGCAUUUGAUUUCAUGAAAAUAUGCUGUUGGGAUGGCAAUCAUGACCAUGACCCAUAGACAUGUAAAAACAACCAAUCUCAUGGUAAAUGUUAGACUUUGUUUAUGCAUACACAAACUUACGUAAAUGUGAUCUUAACGCAAAAUAAAACAUUCUGAUGACCCAU